GGGAGGGAGGAGCCUCGGGCGGCGCAGGCAGAGGGAGAAGCCGAGGGCGAGCGGCGAUGGCCCAGGCCAAGAGCAGCGCCUCCAAAAGCCUCCUCGCUUCGGAGCUCGGAGAAGGGGGGGUGCCGCCACCUCGCCGGGGCCGCUUCUUCCGCUCCACUUCCAUGGCCGACCGCUCCAGCCGCCUCCUGGAGAGCCUCGACCAGCUCGAGCUCAGGGUGGAAGCUUUGCGUGAUGCAGCAUCUUCAAUGGAGCAAGAGAAAGAAAGCCUUCUGGAAAUGAUCCAUAAUGUACAAAACAGCCAGGAUAUGAGGAGCAUCAGUGAAGGAGAAAGAGAAGAACUCAGUCUGACAGCGAAACGCCUGAUGGGCAGAACCCUCACAGUUGAAGUUUCUGUCGAAACCAUCCGCAACCCACAGCAACAGGAAUCCCUGUUUCAUGCCACGCAGAUGAUUGAUGACAUUGUUGGUAAACUUGUGGAUGAUUUGGAAGACUCCAAGAGCCGGCUGAUGUCCCUUUAUGGCGCAUGUUCAUCUGAAGUGCCCCCUGGACCCGUGAAUCAAAGAUUCCAGUCGGUUGUCAUCGGAUGUGCUAUAGAAGAUCAGAAGAAAAUCAAAAGGCGGCUAGAGACCUUGCUUAGGAAUAUAGAAAACUCUGAAAAAUCCAUCAUGUUACUGGAGCAUCCAAAGGCAACAGCAAAGCAGCUCUGCAACAACGGAGAAGAAUAAAAACUAUGGAAUGCUACUGAGAAAACAAAUGCUUCUAUUAAUUAUGCAAAAACAAAGCAAAAAAAAAUAGUUUGAUGCAAACGUUAAACUUAUAGGGCUUGUUAGUGCAGACCCAAUAACGGUGACCGUUAAAGCUGUUCUUGGUCCCUUGGGGCACUAAGAGGAAUAGCUAGAAGAACGAUGGGAAAGUAUCCCUGAAGGCAAAAAAUGUCCCUAUUUCUUCAACAUAUCAGAUCACUAGUUCCAAGGUGUGCUUAUCAGUGGUUCUCAACCUGUGCCCCCCCCCCCCCCAGGUGUUUUGGCUACAACUCCCAGAAAUCCCAGCCAGUUUACCAGCUGUUAGGAUUUCUGGGAGUUGAAGGCCAAAGCAUCUGGGGACCCGCAGGUUGAGAACCACUGGCUUAUAUGAAGCCCAUCCUGUGGCAGUUGUAGGAUCCAUAGAACUGUAUAGAAAUUCAGCAGUAUUAUUCUAUGGCUUUUGCUCCCUGCAACAGGGUUACUCAUUUGUUCUACUCAGUAUAGGGAACAUUAAGGAAAUUAAUAAGUAGCUACAGUUCAGUUUCAGCAUUAAUAGCAAAUGUAGCUGAAUGUAAUUGAAUUUUUCUUAAGUUGUAUGCUGUUUGCUCCCAUAUUAUUGGCUAUUUUAAUAUUUGUAAAAUCAUCUGUUACUGCCAAACGAUGGAAACUCAUUGGGAAUUCUUUGGGUACCUUUCAGUUCUCUAAAAAACGUCCUCGCUUGUUAUGUACAAGAAACGCACCUUGCACAUGUCUCCCUGACACCCUUUGGGGAGUGAGCCUGAUUUUGCGAGACCAUGGGAUGGGAUUACUGUAAUGAAUGUGUAGGGGAAAUAGAGCUGAUUUUACAUGCUGCAGAUUUAUAAAUAAAAGUUUACACUCUA